AUGGGAAGAGCGCUUGAAAUUGAAUGGAUACUGUUUGUGUUACAUGUACUCUCGAUCAUACAAAUCGCAAAUGCAGCAUGUGCCAACUCGUGCUCGGGUCAUGGUCGUUGCGGUUCCUCUAACCAAUGUAUUUGUGAUGCCGACUGGGCGUUGGCGCCCGAUUGCUCGAUGCGAAGAUGCCCCGUAGGAGUAGCUUGGACAGAUAAGGCCAGGACAACGAAUUUGGCUCAUGCACACGCCGAGUGCUCUAACCGCGGCGUGUGCGAUUAUUCCCGAGGAGAGUGCACGUGCUUUGACGGAUAUUCAGGGGCUGCUUGCCAACGACUCCGUUGCCCAUCAAAUUGUUCAGGCCACGGAAUGUGCUACUCGUCCGCAAUAUUAGCACUGAGAUACGGCCCGGAUUCGUUGCCAAAUGUUGCUGGUGACGGUGUCGGACCUGUCUAUUCUAAUUGGGAGAAAGACAGUGUAUCAAGCUGUAUGUGUGAUAUGGGCUACACAGGACCUGACUGCUCUCAGUUGAUGUGUGCAAAGAAUGACGACCCUCUCACAACGGGCCAAGUGCAUCGCCAAAUUCAGAUUCAGGUUGGUGCAGACGCGUCGUCUAAUCUUGCACUUGCAGGCUUAAUUCAAGUGCGUUUUCUCGGAGACGUAGCAGCAUUUGAUGUAGCUGCAGCUGCAGAUUCUGCUCACGAGCAAGCUUGUGCUCAAGCCAUUAUGAAUUUGCGAUCUGUGUUAAAAGCUUCGUGUACAAUCACAAGUGUUGAUCCCGUGACUAGAGGAGCUAUUUACACAGUGACUUUUCAAGAAUGGGUGCAUCUUGGUGGAGAAAAUAAUUUGCUGUUUCACACUGGAAAUCCACCAUUAUCGAGUUUUACAUGCGAUUUAACGAAAGUAACAAGUUUGAACUUGCCUAGUUGUGUGAUAAGUGAUGUUACGACCGCAAAUGUUAUCG